AUGAUCAAGCGCGCAGAGGCUAUUCGGAAAGCCAUGGCAGCUCUGCACCGUGCUGCCGCUGCCCGUCAGGUUAGAGAUGCCCUCAACACGAGGAAUGGACCAAAUGUAGAGCGCGCUGCAGAGCUUCCCCUGCAGAGCGAGGUCCUCGUGUGGAGAGAGGCUGACGGCUGGACCGGCCCGUGGAUCGUUAUCGGCAAUAACGGCCACGAAAUAACAAUCAAUCAUGUCAAUGGCCCCCGCAACUUCAGGAUCACAGCGGUCAAGAAAUACCACCGUGAUCCUCAGGCCCCCUCAUCACAACCCCACGACGACUCGCAGCCAAAUCCCCGACGAGGUGUGUUUGAGUUCAUUCGUUUCGACCCCGUGGCCCACAAAGGCCAAAGACUCUUUAAAGCACGCAUGGUCCGCGAAGUUAAAGGACUCGGACCAACCACAAGGCCCUACGAGAAAUCCCGUCUCUCCAAAACCCCCCUGAAUCCAGAGUCAGCCGCCGGCUUCGGCAUGGUCGCUAUGCAGACGGAUGACACCCUCCUCCUCGCCUCCCCUGAGUUCGCGGCCGCAGAAGAAAGAGAGAUCCAGAAGGCUAAGCUCCGCUCGAAACCAAGGAGCCAGCUAUCGGCCGCGACUCCCCUCGAGUUUAAUGGUUGCACACUUCUAGCCGAAAAAGACGACCUUAUCAUCCAGCAGAAGGGCCAAGGCCAGAACGCGCGCGGAGCAUAUAUCGCAUCAAUCUGCCAGCCCGAGGCCACGUUCGACUACUCAGUCGCAGCACAAGUGCAGCAGCCGGAAGCCCCGGACUACAAGACCCUGAACAAGCGGAUACAAUGGCAGACCGACAACCUGCAACGAGGACUCCGCUAUGUUCCCUUGGCCUUUUCGACUGCGAAGCUAAUGGUAUUCACGGACGGUUCGUUCGCGAACAACAAAGACCUAAGCUCACAACUGGGCUUUGUUAUUGUGCUCGCCAACGAGGAACAGAGCCCUGCUGAUUUCACGAUCAGAGGCAAUGUCCUGCACUGGUCAUCUACGAAGAGCAAGCGAGUGACCCGGAGCGUGCUAGCCUCGGAGAUCUACGGCAUGGUCCAAGGUUUCGAUAUGGCCAUUGUCAUCGCGACCACCCUGCAGGCUAUUGUCAAGCAGCUGGACCUACCCCCGACUCCCCUCAUUGUCUGCACCGACUCAUACUCGCUAUACGAAUGCCUCGUAAAGCUCGGGACCACGAAAGAGAAGCGACUCAUGAUUGAUAUCAUGGCGCUAAGGCAGUCCUACGAGCAGCGCGAGAUGGCAGAGAUCCGUUGGAUCAAUGGGGAUGACAACCCGGCUGAUGCGAUGACCAAAGCAGCACCCAACCGUGCUUUGGAACGGUUGAUUGAGACGAACAGGCUGACGAUUCGAGUGGAAGGAUAUGUACAACGACCCGUGACCGCAGACACCACCUAA